UGAUUCUUGAAAUGCCCUGACCUGAACCAACAGCGUGACUACCAGGAAAAGAAUCCAACUGCCAAACAGAGUUGGAGUUAGAGAUGACCGUGAGCCUGCCCUCAUCUGUCCCAUUUGCAAACAACAGGCUUGGUACAUACUUCAGUCCUCAUUCCUAAGUCAGGGGAAUUGAGGAUCACGUCGACGCGCCAUUGCUCGAAAUCGAAAUCAUUUAUGUAACUUCCAUUCGAUCGAAAAAAGCCAAUUGCUUUUCAAGAACAAACAAUUAAUAGAGACUUUAUUAAAUUUUCUGAAGAAUGGUGAGUUCGACAACAUCUACGUUACGGACACGAAAUUUACGAAAAGCCCGAAACCACGCAAUUGUCAUAAGGCAUCAUCCCACAAACCCAAAACCCUCGCUCUCCGGCUGCGAACCUGAAACCAGAGAGCGCAUUCAUAUCGAAAAUGGCGAGAUCUGCUCUCCUCCACUUACUCCGCACUCAGUCGAAGCGCCAUAUUUCCUCAGGCAACCUGUUGUGUAGAUCUUUAGCAUCGCCUCAUACAUGGAGUUCCAGACCUAGUUUCAAUACUACCACCAAAUUUUCAGCUGGUAACAGAAGAUGGCUGUCUCAGAGCCCAGCUGCUGAAGAAGAAAACAAGAUCAGUAUUGGACCGCGAAGAGGGGUCGAACGUGGAGAAGAUGAGAAAGACAACAGCAUUGUUUACUAUGGUCCAAUUUCUUCCACUAUUAAGAAAGUGAAACUCCUAUCACUCUCCACCUGCUGCCUCUCUGUAUCCAUGGGACCGGUCAUAACCUUCAUGACAUUACCAGAAAUGAAUGUGAUAUUGAAGGGUGCUGUGGCAUCUUCGGUAAUAUUCCUUAGCGCUUCGACCACCGCGGCUCUUCACUGGUUUGUGAACCCAUAUGUUCACAAACUGAAAUGGCAGCCUGGCUCUGAUAGCUUCGAGGUGGAGAUGAUGUCGUGGUUAGCAACUCAUAUUCCGAGGACAAUCAAGUUCUCGGAUAUUAGAGCUCCUGAGACUAACAGGCCCUUUGUGACAUUCAAGGCGAAUGACGAUUUCUAUUUCAUCGACGAAAAGCACUGCCAUAAUAAGGCUUUGUUGGCCAGGCUGACCCCACAGAAACCUCCAGUUCAUGAGUCUGCUUUUAAGAACUUGUAAUUUGAACAGGGCUGAUGGAAACUUUGGAGGAUCUUUCAUUCAAGGCUUUUCCUUCUGAUGAUCUUCAAGAGACAACUGCCUUGACUUCACUUUUCUGCAUUUUUAGAGGGUUUUUGACCUUUGUGAGAUCACAUUGGAAAUUUUUGUUAUCUUUUGACUAGCCAUGUUUGCACUCUGCAUAAAAUAAAGAUGAUGAGAAUUGUGACAUAAA